CUAAAAGCAGAAGUUGUUGGGUGAACAAAGGAAAAUAAAACAAGAUAGAGGCGAUAAGCGAAUAAUCAAAAAAAUAAGGGACUAUACAGAAAAGUUAAAAAAAUUAGGGUUUGGCCUGCACAUUAAAACCCUCAAAGCUUCACUUCCCGUCUUCUCGUUUAUCAUCCGCCUCCACCCGAAGCUAGGUUUGGAUCUACACUCACCAGACCAAAUGGGUCCUAAAAGAGUUGUGAAGGCCCCUGUGGCAUCAAAGAAGAAACCUGAAAAGGUUGUCAACCCUUUGUUUGAGAAGAGACCAAAACAGUUUGGAAUUGGUGGUGCGCUGCCACCAAAGAAGGACUUGACUAGAUUUGUCAAGUGGCCUCAUGUUGUUCGAAUUCAGAGGCAAAGGAGGAUUCUGAAGCAACGGUUGAAGGUUCCCCCUGCUGUUAAUCAGUUCACAAAGACUCUCGACAAGAACUUAGCUACACAACUCUUCAAGUUGUUGCUCAAAUACAGGCCUGAGGACAAGGCCGCUAAGAAGGAAAGACUUCUCCAAAGAGCACAAGCUGAAGCUGAAGGGAAAACUGUGGAAUCAAAGAAACCCAUUGUAGUCAAAUACGGGCUUAACCAUGUCACUUAUCUCAUUGAGCAGAACAAGGCCCAAUUGGUGGUUAUUGCACAUGAUGUUGAUCCAAUCGAGCUUGUUGUUUGGUUGCCUGCCCUGUGCCGCAAAAUGGAGGUCCCUUAUGCAAUUGUGAAGGGCAAGUCACGACUUGGAGCGAUUGUGCACAAGAAAACAGCUGCAGCUUUAUGCCUUACAUCAGUGAAGAAUGAAGAUAAGCUGGAAUUUAGCAAGAUUUUGGAGGCAGUUAAGGCCAACUUUAAUGACAAGUUCGAUGAGCACCGCAAGAGGUGGGGUGGUGGUAUUAUGGGCUCGAAAUCUCAAGCCAAGACCAAGGCUAAGGAGAGAGUCUUAGCGAAGGAGGCUGCACAAAGAAUGUCCUAAUCUUCUAGUGUUUUAGUGGAGAGAAGUUAUAAUUACAGAGGAAUUUUAUGAUGAAUUUUGCAUUUUCUUUCUUAUUGAAUGGUUUGUUUUUAUGAAGUUUGUCUUUGGUCCGGUAGUCCAGAUAUUUUGACAUAUUAUCGUUCUUAUUUAGACUACUAUACAAUCCUUUUCACUUCUUUAAUUUCCUAUCGGGAAUGGCAAUUUUUGACUCUGAAUGCAAACUUUUCCAAUAUUUUCCA